CAUCCUAUAUAAAUACCAAACGACUUCCACAACAACAACAACAAACCAUACUUCAAAAUUCAAAGUUUUUUCUGUUAAAAAAUUUUAGUCUUCUCUUUUCUUUAUUCAAGAGUCGAAUAGUGAAAACUGAAAAGGUCUAGUCUUUAUUGUUAGGCAAAUGUGAAACCGUUUAAUAAUAAAUAAUAAUUAAAAAAUAUUCACUUUUUUUCUUUUAUAAAUAUUCUUAAGAUAUUUUACAUUGCAAACCUAUUUUCUUAUAUAUAUAUAUAUAUUAUUUGGAUUCUUCUUCUUCUUCUCUGAAGUUUUUUGCCGUCUAAGAUUUUGAGGUGACACCCAGGAACUGAAAUCCUGGUGUGUUCUUCUUUUUCUUCUCCAAUGGCGAGUUGGGUUUUGUCAGAAUGUGGAUUAAAGCCACUCCCUCAAAAUUUUCCUCGACCCAGAACAGGGAUUACCUCAACCAACCCAACAACAAAGACUCGGUUUUUGAGUUCUAACAAGAGCUCGGCGGAUCUUAGAUUCCCAAAGGUGAAUUUCUCAACUGGGUUUUUGAAAAGGAGGAGUUUUGAGGUGAGAGUGAGCGCCCCAUUGAAGGUUGCUUUUGUAGAAGAGGAAGACAGAGGAGAGAGAGUAGAGGAAAUCGUUAAUGGAGUUGAAGAAGAAGAAGAAGAGGGAAUCAAAUUUGAUCCUGGCUCGGCUCCACCUUUCAAAUUGGCUGAUAUUCGGGCUGCUAUUCCAAAACAUUGUUGGGUUAAGGAUCCAUGGAAGUCUAUGAGCUAUGUGGUGAGAGAUGUGGCUAUCAUAUUUGGGUUGGCUGCGGCUGCUGCUUCUAUUAACAACUGGGUUGUUUGGCCUUUGUACUGGGCUGCUCAGGGGACUAUGUUUUGGGCUCUAUUUGUUCUUGGUCAUGACUGUGGCCAUGGAAGCUUUUCAAACGAUCAUAAGCUGAACAGUGUAGUUGGGCAUCUCUUGCAUUCCUCAAUUCUUGUACCUUAUCAUGGAUGGAGAAUCAGCCAUAGGACUCAUCACCAAAACCAUGGCCAUGUUGAGAAUGAUGAAUCAUGGCAUCCGUUACCUGAAAGAAUUUACAGGAAACUGGAUAACAUCACAAAAAGUUUGAGAUUUACUCUACCAUUUCCAAUGCUUGCUUAUCCUUUCUACCUCUGGGGAAGAAGUCCAGGAAAGGCUGGUUCCCAUUUUCAUCCAAAUAGUGACUUGUUUGUUCCAAGUGAGAAGAAAGAUGUGAUCACUUCCACUUUAUGUUGGACAGCUAUGGCUGCUAUACUUGUUGGUUUGGGCUUUGUGAUGGGUCCUAUUCAAUUGCUUAAGCUCUAUGGCAUUCCUUAUUGGGUUUUUGUCAUGUGGCUGGAUUUAGUGACAUACUUGCAUCACCAUGGCCAUGAAGAAAAAUUACCAUGGUACCGCGGAAAGGAAUGGAGUUACUUAAGAGGAGGGCUCACGACACUUGAUCGCGAUUAUGGAGUGAUUAACAACAUUCAUCAUGAUAUUGGAACUCAUGUAAUCCACCAUCUUUUCCCUCAAAUUCCUCACUACCACUUGGUGGAAGCAACUGAGGCAGCUAAACCAGUGAUAGGGAAAUACUACAGAGAGCCGAAGAAAUCGGGUCCUCUACCGUUUCACUUGAUAGGUACUUUGAUUAGAAGCUUGAAACAAGAUCACUAUGUUAGUGACACUGGUGAUGUUGUGUACUACAAAACUGAUCCUGAUCUUAAGUGAUCUUUCAAGCUCAAGUAAAGUUUCAAUUUCAUACAGCAAAAGCUAAUCAUUGUCUGAGCUUUUGGUACCACUUGGGGAGAUGACACAAAAUUUAUCAUCUUAAAUUAUUGUUGCUCUGCUUAUUUCUUAAAAAUCAGCUAGAAAAAUAAGUAGAGUGUAAGGUUACCAUUUAUCUUAGUGCAGCUAUUUAUAGUGAAGAGAAAUUUGUAUAUCAUAGAAGAAAAAUAAUUUUCCAUUUUUAUACAACCUGAACAAUAUUUAUUCCUUUUUAUUAAUAUUAUUAUGUUAAAUAAUUAUAUUCUAUUUAAGGGA